CAAGAAGCAAUUUUUUCUUAACACUGUCCAACAAGCUCUACACUCUUCUUCCCACAUUUCUGGUCUCUGCUCAGAAAUGGCUUCCAAUUCCAUUCUUCUUCUAGCUAUUUUUCUCGUGGUUACCUCUAAGGUUUUUUCUCAUGAAGAAGAUCUCAAGACAGUGGUACCAACUCCUUCCCCUCCAGGGCCAGUGACCACACCAAGUCCAACUACACCCCCUGUUAAGGUACCCCCUCCUCAGUCCCCAACAGUGAAGCCACCAGCUCCAACACCACCACAAGUGAAGCCACCAGCUCCAACACCCCCACUAGUGAAGCCACCAACACCAGCACCCCCAGUGGUUUACCCUCCUCCUCCAUCACCAAUAGUGAAGUCAAUUACGGAUUGCCUUCCACUGUGUGAUGGUAGAUGCCAAUUGCACUCAAGGAAGAAGCUGUGCUUGAGGGCAUGCCUGACCUGCUGUUACCGUUGCAGAUGUGUUCCUCCUGGAACUUAUGGCAACAGAGAAAAGUGUGGCAAAUGCUACACUGAUAUGUUGACUCAUGGCAACAAAUACAAGUGCCCAUAGAACCCUCUACCUAUUUAGUAGCACCUAAGUUUUUUUUUCUUUUUCUUUCAAGUUAUCGAGUUUGAAUGCAUGAGUAUGUGGUUUGAUCAAGUUGCUGGUGUACUUAAUAACCGAGUGAUGAUCAUCAUAAAUUAUACAAGUGUUGAUCAUUGGUUCAACACUAUUUUGUGUUGUCUAUAGGAUCAAUGUGGUCCAUGAAAUAUGAUAUGAUUAAUAUGAGGAAGUAUUUUGAUGUACCCAUUUGAGAAUUAUAAUAAUAAUCUCUUGCUAUGAUAUCUUUAAUGCAGAUUUAAGAACUGCAUAAUUAAUUUGAA